AUGGCACGCAUAAAAUCAGUGGCCAUCAUCGGGGCCGGCGCCUCAGGCGCAAUCACGGCCUCCGCUCUCGCGGCAGAGAAAUCCUUCGACCGCAUCCGGGUCUUCGAGAGACGGGAGACCGCCGGCGGGACAUGGAUCUACGAUGCGGAUCCCGGCCCUCCAUUCCAGCUACAUCCCGGCAAGAUACCACCGGAGGUUGAUCCCCCGAUAUCGAUUCCACGGACUCUGCCCGUGGCGACGGAUCCAGUAACCAGGGAGCGGUUCGAUCGGACGCCGAUAUACGAGGAUCUGACGACAAACGUCCCCGACAUCGCAAUGUCAUAUUCCGAUCUCCCCUUCGCCUACGGCCCGUUCGUGCCGCACUGGGUACCGAAGCAGUACAUCGAGGAAUACUUCUCCAAGCACGAAGUCGACAGAUACCUGGUGCUGAACACGACGGUGGAGGAUGUUUCGAGACGGGAUCCAGAUGCAGAGUCCGGGUGGUCGCUCACCCUGAGACGUUUGAAUCCGGUGACGCGACGCGAUGAAUGGUGGGCGGAAGAUUUCGAUGCCCUGGUUAUUGCGAACGGGCAUUAUUCUGUUCCGUAUAUCCCCCAAGUCCCCGGGCUGCAAGAAUCCCCGCACCGCAUCAUGCACUCGAAGCAAUUCCGCUCCGCCGGCGACUUCACCAACAAAAAAGUCCUGAUCAUCGGCAACUCCUCCUCGGGGCAGGACCUCACCACCUCGCUGCUCCACAGCGCCGCGCUCCCCAUCUACCAAUCCCGUCGGUCACGGGGCCGGUGGGACGGCGAUACGCCCCCCCCGGGUGUCGUCUGGAAACCCAUCAUCACUCGGUACCUCCCAUCCGGGGACAUCAUCUUCUCCGACGGAUCCAUGCUCUCCUCGUCCGACAUCGACACUGUGAUCUACUGCACGGGGUACAAACCGUCCUUCCCGUUCUGGAACACCGCGCGCAACGGCGGCCAUCCGCUCUACGACUACGCGCAGGACCGUCUGCUGGGAACCUACCUCCAUACGUUCUUUCAGCGGUUUGCGGAUCUGGCGAUCGUGGGCCUGCCGAGGGUGUUGACGUUCCGGUCCAUGGAGUAUCAGGCCAUUGCGGUGGCGAGGCUGUGGGCGGGGCGGAACGCGGUGGGCUUGCCCAGCACGGAGGAGCAGGCGCGGUGGGAGGCCAAUCGCGUGGAGUUGACGAGACAAGAGCGCAGGAAGUUUCAUGAUAUUCCGUGGGAUAAUGGCGAGACGAUGGAGUAUUUGCGGGGGUUGUUUGAGUUGGCCGGGUUGCCGAGGUUGGAGGGCCAGGGGAGGUGUCCGCCUGUUUUGGAUGAGAGGACGAGGUGGGCGAUUGCGAAUUUGAAGAAGUAUCCUGAGCCGGAGGGGGAGGAAGAUGGUAUAUGCUCUCUAUCAGCGGAUGGAAAUAGCGUCAUGAUUCACUGCGCUGAGGACGAAAUGACUAUUUAA